AUGGCCGAUCCUGUAUUUGCUGCUACUGUUAAAGUUUUGCUUGACAAACUGCUUUCUCUCACUAUCAAGGAGAUCAACAGUUCAAGGGAUUGCAACGAAGAUCUGGAAAUGUUCACACAAAAUGUAUCCUUAAUCCAAGCUUUCCUUCAUGAUGUUGAAACACCACAAGUUGAGAAACAACAGUCUGUCGAACAAUGGCUCAGGAGGCUUGAGAGAGUUGCUGAAAAUGCUGAAAAUGUGUUUGAUCGAUUCAAAUAUGAAUCUCUCAAAACAAAAGUGAUGAACAUCCGAAAUAGCCCAAUGAAAAAGGUCAGUGGUUUCUUUACUCAUACUGCUUUUAAGAGCAAAAUGUCUCGAAAAAUCAACAGCAUCAAUAAAGAGUUGACCGCUAUUAACAGUGUAGCCAAAGACCUCGGUCUCCACUCACUCAUAGUUCCUUCUCGGAAAAUAUUUCCGAUUCGAGAAACAGAUUCCUUAGUAGUUGCUCCAGAUGUUGUUGGUAGAGAUUUGGAUGUUGCUGAGAUUAAGGAGAAAAUUUUGAAGAUGAGAGAGGAGGAUGUUGUUAUGUGCACUAUUCCCAUAGUGGGUAUGGGGGGGUUAGGGAAAACAACUUUGGCUAAGAGGAUUUACAAUGAUGAACACAUCAAGCAAAUCUUUGAAAAGAGAAUUUGGUUGUGUCUACCUGAAAUGUCUGAAACAAAGAGCUUUCUUGAACAAAUCCUCGAAUCAUUGACAGAGAGGAAAACUGAGGUCCAAAGGAGAGAUAUAAUAGUCAAGAAGCUACAAGAUGAAUUGGGAGGAAAAAACUAUUUACUAGUCCUGGAUGAUUUGUGGUGUGUUGACUCUACAUCGUGGCAUGAGUUCGUCGACACCUUGAGAGGAAUAAAUACAUCCAUAGGAAACUGCAUUCUUGUGACUACUCGUAUGAAGCGGGUGGCAUCCACUGUAGCAACAGAUCUUCAUAUCUUGGGAAAGUUAACAGAAGAUCAUUGUUGGUCUAUUUUCAAACAAAAAGCAUUUGUUGAUGGCAGGGCUCCAGAAGAAUUAGCGAGCAUGGACAACAAGAUUGUUAAAAUGUGCCAAGGCGGCAACAAGAUUGUUAAAAUGUGUCAUGGUCUACCGUUGGCUGCAAGUGUGUUGGGAGGCCUAUUACACAACAAGGAAAAACAUGAAUGGCAAGCAAUUCUUGAUGGCAACCCCAUUGUUGCAGGUGAAGAUGAUAAUGGAGAAAAUAGCAUAAAGAAAAUCCUAAAACUCAGCUAUGAUUAUCUACCAUCUCCACAUCUAAAAAAGUGCUUUGCUUACUUUGCAAUGUUUCCAAAAGAUUCCAAAAGAUCUUAUGUUUGA